AUGAGCACUUCCAACUUUGCCUCGUCAUUUGCCCCCUAUACGCCGCCCCCAGAUGACCCCACCUAUACAUCUACAUCAAGGCCUGUCUCCCGGCCGUGGUUCCCCGGACAGUCUUCUCAGCAGUCCAUGUCUUACCAGUCGGGAGGCAUACCUACUUUCAACACCUCGCAGGCAGGCGGCCUUGGCGCAGUGGAGGAGGCCGAGGCUGAGAACGGGAGCAGCAUGUGGGAGACGCGGUACGGUCUGCGAGUGGACAUGCUCGCUGCUUUCGCCUAUUUACUAGGGCCUAUAUCUGCUCUUCUGCUCCUCAUCGUAGAGACACACAACGAUUAUGUGCGCUAUCAUGCAUACCAAUCCGCUUUGCUUGCCACACCCCUCGUCCUGCUCCGUAUAUUCGCCUCGCUCCUGCAAUUCCCGUCGUUCCUUCGUACACUACUCACCCUUCUGAUCGUUCUGCCCUUGCUUUAUAUGACAUGGCGAGCGUAUAUCGAUGCAGCGCGGAAUGGUUUGACACGUUUCCAGGUUCCAGGCAUUGGUUCUCUCGCAGAUAGAUGGGUAUCCGAGGAGUAG